UUUAAUGUACAAGUGUGUUAAAAUCCACAUCCUAUACUUAUAAAGGGAAUCUUCUGCCGUUGCUUCUUUUAUCUGGAUGUGGACAUUUAUGCUUUAUGAAUAUGACAUAAACGACGGCAUUCAACUGCAUAAUGCAUAUUAAUCUUUGGAGUGACUGGUUCUUCUUUGUUCUUUUAUAGACUAAUAACACUUUCAGCUCAUGUUUAACAGGUUUUCCAAAUAGUUAGAUCUAUUAGAGAUGAAGUUGAGUCAACAUCUGGUUUCACUCUGGGAAGUUCUAUUUUGCAUUAAUAAUGACCUAUGAGAAGGGUUCAGUUGAGCAACUUCAGUUCAAAUAUCUGUGUUUCCUUGUUAAAGCAGUUUUACAGAUCAAGUGUUUGACCUUCUUUUUGAUUUCCCAGCUACUGUUACCCACAGCUUUGCUUUGAAUUCCAUCUUUGCUCCUCUAUAUCUACUACGCAUGAAAACACAUAAACAAACCAGUCAUUACUCAUUACUGUUGGGCCCGUGCUGCCACGGGCACCACCUAUCUAGUAUAGAAAGGAGAGUUGAGCUCCCUUCUUAACUAGAGUUAGGGGUAUUUUUGUUUUUUCAUUUAUGUAUUGCAUAUACUUAAUGGUACAGUCAUGUUGUUGGAUGGUACUUUACUUUAAAUUCCCAAAAAUGCCCAGUUCUCCUUAAGAGGUACCAAAUCUGUCCUCAAUAUUAAUCAGCUGCUGCAAGGGCAUUUAGGUAUUUAACUUUUAUUUUUUGCUUAACAUAUUUGUACCUCCGGCAUAGAAAAUAAAUUAGGUUGAUUUAGUGUUAAAAAUUACCCUUUUAUCUGAGUAUAUUUCAAACUUCUCUAUAGUUAUUCGAACUUUUGUUCUUCCAAAAAGAGAUGACCUGUUAAUUUUUCUUCUUCCCUCUUUCUACAUUCACUGGCUCUCCUGCAAUUGCCACCCCUAAACCUUAACCCAAUUCUUUUUCUUCACUCUCAAAGUUUCUGUACAUCACUGAAGCAAAACCCCCAAAGUUCUCAUCUUUGUGACUUCAGUAAACGCUCUCACCAUUUGACUAAAGAAAACCAAAGCCCUUGGUGCACAUCUCAAUUUCUCGAUACACUGAGAUCAAAGUGACCUAAGAUGGCUGAUUCUGCCAAUUCCAAAAACUACAGCGUCCCAAUUUACGGUGCCGGUUGGGUUCCACCGAACGCCCUCAGAUCUGCCGUUGAACCGCCGGCCGAUGAUGAGAAGGAUGACGGCGACAAAUCAUCGUCUUUGGCACCGGAAAACUAUGUUGUCCUUGCCGGAGGCGGUGGGGAAGGGAAUAGCGGCAUUCGCAACGCUCUCAUUGUUGCUCAAUUCGAUUUUGAUUCUAAUGUGCUCUCUGAUGAACCCGUGGCUAGGGUAGGAACUGGCGCUGAUCUGCCUUAUAGGAUGGCAGUACAUCCAGGUGGAGAAGGUCUUAUUUGUUCAUUGCCAAAUAGCUGCAGAUGGUUUGACUGGGAUUUUCAAAGAGCUGAAAAUCGUUCAUUGGGUCUGAGAUCAUCUGAGAGAGUACUUGAGCCUUUGGAAGAUGUUGGACAACAAUUAGCGCUAACUUUUAACAAUGAAGGUUCUUUACUUGCUGUUGGCGGUGAGGAUGGCAAGUUGAGGGUUUACAAGUGGCCUAGCAUGAAAAAUAUUCUUGAUCAGGCUAAUGCUCAUGCUUCUGUGAAGGAUCUAGACUUCAGCCCUGACGGAAAAUUUCUUGCAUCUGUUGGAAGCGGCCCUUGCCGGAUUUGGGAUGUCUCAAAAUCAACUUCUGUAGCUUCUUUGAUGAAGGAAAAUGAUGAAAUUUUUGGCUAUUGUAGAUUCUCACCAAUUGACGAUGAGAAUCAAGUUCUAUACAUCACCACUAUGCGAGAUCAAGGUGGAAGUAUUUCGAAAUGGAGUACUACUACGUGGACGAGGAUAAAAUCAAAACGUGUUGUUCGUGACCCUAUUUGUGCCUUCAAUGUUUCAUCCAAUGGAAAGCUACUGGCAAUAGGAACAAUUGAGGGAGAUGUUCUGAUAGUGUCUUCCAACAAUUUUAAAGUGCAAAAUGUGAUAAAAAAGGCUCAUCUUGGUCUUGUAACAACAUUGAAGUUCUCAGAAGAUUCGAGGGCUUUGCUUUCUGCCUCCUUGGAUUCAAGAGUGAGAGUGACAAUUAUAAAGGAACAGAAGAAAAGUGGUCUGAGCUUGUGGAUCGUUAUACUUGUUCUUUUGAUUGCAAUUGCUGUAUAUUAUGCAGUAAGCAACGGGAUUCUUCCAUUGGAGCUAAACUCUAUAUUAAAAUGACAAGCUUUACCCCCCCCCCCCCCCCCAAAGUAUAAUUAUAGGUGCAACGGUAUCUGAAACAUUUUUGAAGGCUAUCUCUGGAACAGUAGGCUUGGAUUCGAGCUUAAGUUAAAAGACAUCUGGUGUUUUUAAUGUGCUUAAACUGUUAAGACACAGAGAAUUUACAUACCCCUACUUGUCCUCCAUUACAUUCUCACUGUACAAAACAAGUUGUGUAGGUUUAUCUCUUUCAAUGUGCAACUCUUUUUGGGAGAUUAAUUACUUAAAAUUGGAGGUUUUACCUCCAACCCCUCUUUUACCUUA